CACAAGGACUCUGCACACCCCCAAUUUUGUGCGUGCGGUCGGAGAAAACGUCCAGGUCAUCUAUACCUCUCCAAGCAAGGUGCUGGCCACGGUUCAGCGCUGGCAAGCUGCUCGGAGGUCCCUGACGGGAAGUCAGAGAAGCUUCAACUAACCGAGGGCGGAGAUGCCUGACUUCAGUUGGAAGAGAACCCGGGAGCCAAAGGGGUUAAAAUAAGCGACGUCCCGGAAAAACAAACAAACAAACAAACAAACACCUCUCUCCACCACUAGCCAUGGGCAGCCGAGAUCACCUGUUUAAAGUGCUGGUGGUGGGGGACGCAGCCGUGGGCAAGACGUCUCUGGUCCAGCGCUACUCCCAGGACAGCUUCAGCAAGCACUACAAGUCCACUGUGGGAGUGGAUUUUGCUCUGAAGGUUCUCCAGUGGUCUGACUCAGAGAUGGUGAGGCUCCAGCUGUGGGAUAUUGCAGGGCAGGAGCGUUUCACAUCCAUGACACGACUCUACUAUCGAGAUGCUGCUGCCUGUGUUAUUAUGUUUGACGUCACCAAUGCCACUACUUUCAGCAACAGCCAAAGAUGGAAACAGGAUCUGGACAGCAAACUCACACUGCCCAGUGGAGAGCCAGUGCCUUGCCUGCUCUUGGCCAACAAGAGUGAUCUGUCCCCUUGGGCAGUGAGCCGGGACCAGAUCGACCGGUUCAGUAAAGAGAAUGGUUUCACGGGUUGGACAGAAACAUCAGUCAAGGAGAACAAGAAUAUUAAUGAGGCCAUGAGAGUCCUCGUUGAAAAGAUGAUGAACAAUUCCAGAGAAGAUAUAAUGUCUUUAUCCACCCAAGGGAACUACAUCAAUCUUCAAAGCAAGCCCUCCUCCGGAUGGACAUGCUGCUAGUUCUGUUCGGCUCCUCUGUCCAGGUCUCUGAGUCAUUCCAUCUCUUCCUGUUGGUUGCCCACCUAGCAUAAAAGUUCUGUUGAGAAUAUUUGACCCGUCUCUUGCCAGUUGCCUGGAAAGGAGCCCCAUUGUGACUUGAGAAUGGCUGCCUUGGGGGAAAAAAAAAAAAAACGGGCGGUGGUGGCAC